AAUCUCAGCCGUCUCCGCAAGUGGUGAAGUGAACCUCCUGUAAACUCCUGAGCCCAAGCAACAGAGCAGAAGAAGAAGGGGACAGGGGCCAUCUGAGAGGGUAGAAGCUUCUUGCUGUCAAAGGUAUCUGAGAUGAAUCCCACAAGCCAAUCCCUUGGCACAACUGAAUAUGAUUAUGGAUAUGAUGAAAACACUGCUCCAUGCAAUGAAGGAAACAGCUUUCGCAGGUUUAAAUCCCUCUUUCUGCCAAGUCUUUACUGCCUCGUGUUUGUCUUCUGCCUUCUGGGAAACUCCUUGGUCCUUUGGGUUCUCCUGACCAGGAAAAGGCUGACGACAAUGACAGACAUCUGCCUGCUGAACCUUGCUGCCUCUGAUCUCCUCUUCGUUGUGCCUCUCCCUUUCCAAGCCCACUACGCUUCAGACCAGUGGGUUUUUGGCAAUGCUAUGUGCAAGAUAAUGGCUGGCAUUUAUUACACAGGUUUUUAUAGCAGUAUUUUCUUUAUAACUCUCAUGAGCAUAGACAGGUAUAUAGCAAUUGUUCAUGCUGUCUAUGCCAUGAGGAUACGGACAGCCUCUUGCGGUGUAAUUAUCAGUUUAAUCCUGUGGCUGGUGGCUGGCUUGGCUUCUGUGCCCAACAUCAUAUUCAACCAGGAGCUGGAAAUCGAGCAGGCUGUACAGUGUGUCCCCACAUACCCACCAGGCAGCAAUACCUGGAAGGUUGCUUCUCAGUUUGCAGUCAAUAUCUUGGGCCUCUUGAUUCCCUUCAGCAUCCUCGUUUGCUGCUACGCCCAGAUACUGAAAAACCUGCAAAAAUGCAAAAAUCGGAACAAGAUCAAGGCGAUCAAGAUGAUCUUCAUCAUUGUCAUUGUUUUCUUCCUCUUCUGGACUCCCUUCAACAUCGCACUGUUCCUGGACUCUCUGCAGAGCCUGCACAUCAUCAAUGACUGCAAGGCAAGCUCCCAGAUAGCCCUGGCCCUGCAGCUGACGGAAACCAUUUCCUUCAUCCACUGCUGCCUGAACCCCGUCAUCUACGCCUUCGCUGGGGUGACAUUCAAGGCCCAUCUUAAAGGACUGCUUCAGUCCUGUGCCCGUGUCCUCUCCAGCCCUGCUGGAGGUGCUGGGGCAGGCCAAUCAUUUUCGACACCCACCCAGCAUUCUGGCUGGUCUGACAGCACUGGGGUCAUGUGAGCCCACAUGAGUUGCCUUCUGCUGGUAGAGGGGCUGGCUGAAGGUCUGAUGUAGUCUUGGAGGGUGUGCCAUGUGUGCAGCAUCCCCCUGGGAGAAGCAGUAUACCUGUACCUCCUUUUGGGAUAUGCUGUGAAUUGUGACCUAAGUUGCGACAUUAAUUUUCCAAGAGCACUGGUGCACUUGUAAAAUAGUGACUGUACAGGGUUGCAACAGAAUGAUUUUUAAUUAAGUUUUUUAGAGCUCUUUUAAUACAUUUCAGCAAGCAAAGUUCUUCCUCUAGUAUUUAUUUUCUUCUCUGAUGAAAGCAUUGCUUCUGCCUCACCCCCAAAUAUGCUCUGCCUUGUGGAAGCUGUUCCAUACCUGAAUCCCUACAUCCUUGGGACAGACAUGGGGCACCCUCUAGGAAGUGGGGAAGUGGACAGGCAUGGGAUUGUUUCACAUUGUAAAAAGGGAAUCACCUCAGCCACUGUCACCGCUCCCCCUUUGCCUCAGCUCCCAGAUUAAGAGGCCCCUCAGCUCAGGACCCUGUUACUUUACUGUGGGAUGCCCCCAGGGGCACAGCUGGGGAGCUGCUGCUGCCCAGGGCAGCCUUUGGUGGUGAUGCCUCCAAAAAUAACAAAGCAAUACCUCCAGGUGUCCCCUAUACUGGUCACUUAUGGAGGCUCAUACACUUGAAAAUGUUGUCAUCAGAGCAGGCAGGACAUUGGCAUCACCUCUGGAGCUGUAGGAUCUCCAACUCCGUGCUUCCAGCGCUCGCUGCUAAAUAUAAUCACCACCAAAUGGCAUGUAGCAAGUAGGCUCAAUCUCUUUUUACAUUUGUACAUAUUUUCUAACAUAUU